GAUUCAUUGGAAAAAACUGUUGAAACCACUCCUGCGCAAGUAUGAUCUCGCAGAGGUGGUGGGAGAGGGGGAUGAGGCAAUGGAAGCCCUUGCUGGAGAAGGGGAGUUCAGCAGUCCGGAGGACCAAAUUCUACUAGCACAGGAGCUGCUUCAGGACAUAGCAGCAGCAGGAAAGGAGGCACUCCUGAAGAUACCAGAUGGUAAGACUCCCCUCCAAAACUUUUCUUCCAUCAUGCAAGGGCCUGAGGAGACUUUUAUUACUUUUGUUGAUAGACUGAAAGAGGCCAUUGAGAGACAAAUAGACAACGUAGAAGUUCGUGCAGAGCUUCUACGAAAGAUGGCCAUUUCUAAUUCUAAUUCGGAAACAAAAAAGAUUCUCCGUGCACUACCUCAGGACCCCGAGCCCACCAUCUCUCAGAUGGUGGAGGCUUGCACAAAGGCAAUGUCAAUGGAGCACACGGCGGCCCUGGCUGUCAGCAAAGGGGUGGGAGAGGCCAUGAUAAACUUACAAAAUACACGCUGUUUUAACUGUGGUCAGCUGGGUCACAUCCAGGUGAACUGUCCCCACUGGCCACAAAUUCAACAACCUAUCUUGCCCCCCCCAAGACCAUAUCCUAGGAACCCAUUUUAUCAAGAUCACCAGUUUCAUCUACAGCAACAAGGGUACCAGCCAGCGGGAAACUGGCGGCGAAGCGCGAGGAAGGGCCGCGCGACGACACCAAGUGGCCCUUCUCAGCAUCCCAGCCUCCCGACCAUCAGGGAGGACGAGUGGCCGCGCGGCCAAGUCCAGCAGUUCAGCGCAGCCACGAGGACAGACUCCGCCUCUUCCGCCGGACAGGUACCCUAAAUCAGGGCAGUCGUCGGGUCCUCCGCAGCAGCGUCACCAUCUCUCUCCAGGAUGAGGACCUGACGAGAGCUCCUGCUGGGUUCCUGGGCCCCCUCCACGACCGUCGGGACACCACCGUGCUCAUCUUAGAAGACUCCUUCAACAUGCUGAAUGAAAUCACCAUCUUACCUGAGGGAAAGUCGGUGCAGAUGCGGCUCAUGGCAGACACAGGAGCUGACGUGACCAUCAUCCCCCAGACUUUUGUAGCGCAGAUUUUAUCACCUGUGCGCCGGCUUUUCCCUGAGGCCAUCAUCCUGCAUUACAUGGAUGAUGUGCUAGUUUGUGCUUCCGACUCGACAUACCUAAAGGCAACACUGGACAAGACUAUUAAGGCUAUCAGAGUUGCAGGGCUCCAGAUAGCGGAAGAGAAGAUCCAAUUCUCAGCACCAUGGAGGUACCUCGGAUUCCUCAUCACGGGAAGGACAGUGACGCCACAGACAUUGACCAUCAAUGAGGAUCCGAAGACUCUGCGAGAACUUCAGCAGCUGUGCGGAACGAUCACCUGGAUCCGCCCCCUCCUGGGACUGACGACGGAGGAGCUGUCACCUCUCUUCUGUCUGCUUCGAGGCGACGGAGACCUCGCCUCACUGCGCGAGCUGACACCUGCCGCGCGGGAAGCCCUGGGAGGGGUUGCUGUUGCUCUGAAUUCUCGCCAGGCACACCGCGUGGUCUGGACCCUUCCCGUGAACUUCGCGGUGUUGGACGCUGAGGAUGACUGCCGCCUUGAGGACACCUCUGAAACAUCUGAUGCUCCUGAUCGUCAUCAUCUGGCUGUCACCGGUCAGGAGCUGGAUAGUCCCACAGCCGAGAGAAAACAUAUGGGUCACGCUGGCGAAGUCCUUGAAGCAGGACAACUUCUGUAUGGCCAUGGGAAGUGUGGACAAUCCGUUAUCCACGUGCCUGCAAAGGCCCUCGGUGAGCUUUCUCACCUCGAGUGUUGGCUCAGUAAGCAGGCCAACGCCACGUCCGCUGCCUUUUCUGACUUGCUAGCGGACGAAGAAGUCACCAGGCACGCCACACUGCAAAAUAGGGCUGCUAUUGACUUCUUACUGCUCGCCCAUGGCCACGGCUGUGAGGACUUUGAAGGAAUGUGCUGCUUCAAUCUGGCAUCAAAGAGCACAUCCAUCCAAGCUAAUAUCCAGCGGAUCCGAGAGCAAGUUGACGACCUCAAGACUGAGACCUCGACUGUAGAUCCUGUGAAUAAACUGCUAUCUCAAUGGAGUGUCCCAGGGUGGGUUGCUAUCAUCCUCAGGGGACUCUUUUGGAUCUUUCUGAUAAUGUUCAUUAUCUCACUUGCGUUAUUUUUGUUUAGGCGUAUGUUGCUUAAAAUGUUGGGAAGUGCUUAUUUAAUAAAUAAAAACGGGGGAGAUGUAGGAGGAGGGGUUGGGGAAGGCAGUCUAGGGUUGCCAUGGGAAACAGCAGUUGUAUGAGUUCUCCACCCCCUUUUGUAAGAGAAUUGUACCCUCCCCCUGUCCUGUCAGUUAUAGUUCAAGUCUGCCCCUUAGCCUAGAAUCUUCUCUGUUCCACGUUUUCCCUUUGGUUCUUCCACCAAGAACACUCCUUUCCCUUUUCCCCACUGGUUAAUGUUAUAUUUCCCCUCCCUUUAGCCUUCUCCCGAUUGUACCCUCGAAUGCUAAACCCUCCUACCCCUACGCAGUAAAAGAAUCCUCACCCCUCCCUUCGGGGCUCUCGGAAUCUGCCUCCCUUCUGCUUCGUUGUCUCCCUGUUUGCCCCUUCUGCGACCCUUCAAUAAACGAGCAGGAUUUCAGCAG